UGCUGAGACGGACGGCUCUCCUUAACAGACUGGAGGAUGAACAGAGAAGGCAACUGGGUUGUCGGAGUUUAGCUGGUCGGCAUGCAGAGGAAGCAGCUGCUCGAUUGAAUUUUCCCUGUUUUUUGUUUCGGGUAGAGCGAAUGCUGCUGGAGGAUAUAGUGAGGAAAUGAGCAACAGGAUGGAGGGCACAGCAGGACCAGGCACCAGGGCGAAUGGACCGGUCCCGGCGCCCAACGGGAACCAGGUACCGCCGCCACCGGGUCCGCCUCUGGCCCCGGAGCUGGAAGAAGAGCAGCCGUCUUCACUGACCGACGUCUCUCAAAUGUGGAUUAAAUUUGCCAAAACAUUUGCUGUCAUAUUCCCCAUCUACGUACUGGGAUACUUUGAGUUUAGCUUCAGCUGGGUUCUGAUUGGACUCGCCAUGCUUUUUUACUGGAGGAAGAACCAUGGCAGCAAGGACUACAGGAUAAACCGGGCUUUGGCAUUCCUAGAUCACAAGGAUACGGCUGCGAAGCAGAGUAUGCCAACAACGAAGCUACCACCCUGGGUUCAUUAUCCAGAUGUGGAGCGAGUGGAGUGGCUCAAUAAGACGGUGAAGCAGAUGUGGCCGUUCAUCUGCCAGUUUGUGGACAAACUGUUCCGGGAGACCAUCGAGCCGGCAGUGAAGGGUGCCAACCCUCAUCUCAGCACCUUCUGCUUCACCAAGAUCGACAUGGGAGACAAGCCGCUCAGAGUGAACGGGGUGAAGGUUUACACAGAAAAUGUGGACAAGAGGCAGGUCAUCAUGGACCUGCAGAUCAGUUUUGUUGGUAACACAGAAAUUGACAUCGACAUCAAGAAGUUCUACUGCAGGGCUGGAAUCAAAAGCAUACAGCUUCAUGGCAUGCUGAGGGUGGUGAUGGAGCCUCUGUUGGGGGACAUGCCUCUGAUCGGAGCCCUGUCUGUCUUUUUCCUCAAAAAACCUAGGUUGGACAUUAACUGGACGGGACUCACGAACAUGUUGGACAUUCCAGGUGUUAAUGGUUUGUGCGACGGCCUCAUCCAGGACAUCAUCUACAGCUACUUGGUGCUGCCAAACCGCCUCAACAUCCCUCUGGUGGGAGCAGCUGAACUGGCCAGAAUCCGCUUCCCCAUUCCAGAGGCCUUGGUACGAAUCCACUUUAUUGAGGCCCAGGACCUAGUGGGCAAGGACAAGUUCCUGGGAGGACUAAUCAAGGGCAAGUCCGACCCAUAUGGAGUCAUCCAGCUCGGCACACAGGAAGUCAAGAGCAAAGUCAUCAAAGAGAAUCUCAAUCCUAGAUGGAAUGAGGUCCAUGAGUUCUUGAUGUACGAUAACACGGCAAAAACGAUGAAAAUUGUACUGUUUGAUGAAGACCCAGAUGAAGAUGACAAACUGGGAAAUGUGAUGAUCGACAUGACGGAACUCAAGAAGGAACAAAUUGUGGAGGAGUGGUUUAAUCUGGAAGAAGUUCCCAAAGGAAAGCUGCACCUGAAGAUGGAGUGGUUGUGUCUGCUGCCCUCACCUGAGAAGUUAGACCAGGCGUUGUUGCAGAUCAGGGCGGACGGCUCUCGCUCCACUGACGGGCUUUCGUCCGCAGUGCUCAUAGUCUUCCUAGAUUCAGCCAGAAACCUGCCGAGCGUCUUCGAGGGGAACUUGGGUUCAGGCUACUUAAAAGAGAGGCGCUCUGCGGGCCUCGUGUUUUGUGAGAACACGUCUUCUCUCUAUAGGACCUUGUUUCGCAAUCCAUUAGAGUUCAACCAGACGGGGCUGAGGAAGGCCUCGAUCAGUAAGGCCAUGAAGUCUGGUAAAAAAAUGACCAGUGAUCCCAGUCCAGUGGUCCAGUUCAGAGUGGGACACAAGUCCUUUGACAGCAAGACCAAAUAUAAAACCAAUGAACCAGUGUGGGAGGAAAACUUCACCUUCCUCAUCCACAACCCAAAAAUGCAAGAGCUGCAGGUCGAGGUGAAGGAUGCAAAGCAUGAGUGUUCGUUGGGGACGCUGGCUCUGCCCCUGACCCGUCUCUUAGAGGCGGAGGACAUGACUCUGAGCCAGCGCUUCCCCCUCAAGAACGCCGGACCCAGCUGCACCCUCAAGAUGAAGAUGGCUCUGCGGGUGUUGUCUCUUGAAAAGAUACCAACCUCACCUUCAAACUCCACCCCGUCAUCCGUCCAGGUCCGCAAGUCCAGCUCUUCCACUCCUAUCCCACAACCCUCCGUUUCCUCAGAUUCCAGCAAGCCUCCGCCCUCCAUCUCAGACGUCCCCCGCUCCUCCACCGCCUCCGUCCAGGACCUGUCCAACCGGCGGAAGGAGUCGGAGCCCCCAGUGAAGUCCAUGGGGAGCGUGGACUUGGAACAGGCUGGUGUUGGAGGAGGAAGAGCUAGAGGUCAGAGCCUAGCAGAAACUGGGAAGAGCACAUCCUACCUGGCUAUCUCUGGUUCCCAGCAGUUCCUGAACGGGGGCAAGGAGCCAACGCCCAGCAUCGCUUCGGAUAUUUCCAACCCCUACGCUGCUCAGGAGCUGCAUCAGAGACUCCAGCAGCUGCCCAAUGGCUCGGAUUCCAGUCACAGCCCUCUGGGCACCAUCCAGCUGACCAUCCGGUACAGCACGCAGAGGAACAGGCUCAUCGUGGUCGUUCACUCCUGCAGAAACCUGAUCGCUUUCACGGAUCACGGCUCAAACCCGUACGCCCGUCUCUACCUGCUUCCUGACAAAAGGAGGUCGGGACGGAGGAAAACUCACACGCAUAAGAAAACACAGAAUCCGAAUUUCGAUGAAACGUUUGAGUUCUCUGUUACCUGGAUGGAGCUCAGUAGUCGCAAUCUGGAUGUUGCAGUGAAAAACAGUGGAGGUCUGCUCUCCAAACAUAAAGGUCUUCUUGGAAAGGUCUUGGUGGAUUUAAAUCAUGACGAUAUAACCAAAGGUUCAACACAAUGGUAUGACCUGACUGUCAACGGCCAAAUUCAACCAUAAGAAGUCUUCAUCAUCACCACACUUCCACUUAUGUCCACAGUACAUUUUUUUUAUUAUCCUCACGCUUUUUAAAUGUGUAAAAACUAAGAGAAAAGCAGCUUUAGACACUCAUUAAUCGCAUCAGUCGCAAGGCAAGGCUUCCCUUUAAGAAGUGAGUAAAGAAUUUCAGAAAUGUAAAAAGAGUAUAUACAAGUUAAUGUGCCAAGAUGGAAGUUUUAUCCCAUAUUUAUAGAAGCUAGAACGGUUUAUUUUCUGUUGCCACAUACACUAUAUAUGUAUGUUUGUAUAUACUGUAAAAUGAUGACGGACAAACUAAAAGACGGUUUAUAUUCUGCACAUAUUAGAGAGGCUGGUGUCUUAAUGGCCAAAGGAUUGUGUGUAAUUUAAUCUGAUUUUUUCUAUUUUUUUUUAUUUUCAUCCAAACGUUCUUGAUGGUUGUUGAAGGGGAGUGUGUGUGUGUGUGCGCGGGGGCAGUUGAACCAAAGAGACGAGAAGUAUUUUAUUGCUUUAGCUCAGAUAACACAACUACAUGCUGGCUUUUUAGCACUGUUGUAAAAAAAUAAAAAUAAACAGACACGGGUGAAAGAACCAAAGAAGAAGAAAUUCACUCACUAAGUUGUUAAUGGGGUUUGUUUGCUGUGCAGAAACACUCUUGUUACGAUGAAAUAAGACCAUUACCAAGUGUUACCUUUUUGGAAUUGAAUGUGACUCUUUGCACAUGAAUAUUUUAAAACCUGAUAACAAUCAUUAGUAUUGAGUGUCAACAUUACAUCUAGCGAAGUGGAUGGAAAAGCCAUAAAAUGGUUACGUUUCAGAGAUGAUUGUUUUUAAAGGGAAAUCUUUCCAUUCAGAUCAAGCCUGUUAAAAAGACAAUUAAAUUAGCUGUUAUUUUAUAAUAAACUAAUUAUAGAACUGGUCUAUGUUUGGCCAUACAGGCUAAAAUAACUAAACAUGCUGCUGCAGUUUUAGUUUUUAGCAUGUUUAAAUAGUUGCAGAGUGUUGGUUCCAGGUAUUACCUUCAAUUUCUUCAUUAUACUGAAGCCACUAUGUGCAGAUUUAUCAGGUUUCCCUACAUACAUCCUAUUAAAGCAAAACAUACAUUAUCAAUUAGUUUAAUUUUCUGAUUUAGAAAUCAAAAAUUUGGAAAAAUAAAAUAGAAUAUGUGAUUUGGCAAAAAUCCUGACUGAGAAGUCGGGCUCCUUCAGAAAUAAAAAAACAAAGAACAUUAGUAAACAGUUUGUACUGAAAUGUCCAUCCUGAGUGCUUUAAAAGGGAAAAUCUUGGGAAUGUAUCUAAUUUUGAAAUAAAAAACUUGAAGAAAUCCUGUAAUUCAGUUCUUUAAUAGAAACUAAAAAAUGGUUUAUCAUUUUUAAUUAAGAACUGGUCCAGAUGAUUAAAAGUUAGUUUUUUCAAAUUAAAUUUUUUCACAUAAACACAUCAUCACUUUGCAUUGAUCUACAUGGAAACACCUGGUGCAUUCAAAACACCGUAGUAACCACUGCAUGCCAACCCUGCAGGUGGCGCUGUAAUGCUGUGAAUGUUAAUGCACCAAAAAAGAAGAUACACCUGGGAUUAAAAGGUUAAUUUAGCAGUGGGGCUUAUGGCCGCUCUGAUUUCAUGUUUUUGCAGUUAAACACAAGUGAAAAAACUCAACACAUAAUUCUGCAUUUUAUUUAUUUUAUUGCCAGUGUUGCUCUUUUCAUCCAUCUGACUAGCAGUGCGCAGCAGCAUGUUGGGGAGGUUCAUGCUGCUCUGACUCCAAUCCGGUUCCACUCCUACUUUCAGAAUAAAACCAGUUAAUUUGGACUGGAAACAUGAUGGAGACUUUUUGGAAGAUUUACUUGACGGUUUCAUUCCUGAUUAAAUCUACGCAUAGUGGCUUUAAAAACAUAAAAAUGUCUAAAUUUGGAACCAUUUUAACAUUUAUAACCUUCACAGCGGGCCUGGUUGUCACUUAUUUUACAAUAAGCUCUGUUGUCAGUACUUUGAUUUGUUCACAUUCUGUCUUUAGAAACAUUCAGUCUUAACUUUUUAUGUUUCACGUUGUAUUUAAAAGGAAACUCAGAAGAUGGCAUUUAAUUAUUAUUUUUUCUAUAAAUAUAUAUCUAUAUAUACGUUAUAUUGAGCAGUGCUUUUGCUUUACAGCUCUACUUCAAAAGGGAAUAGUAAGAGCAGCAACAUAACGUAGGUCUUGGUAUGAAACGCUUUAGAUAAAUCUGCUGCUGCUGUGUUUGACACUACAGAAGCAGCGGUUUUCUGUUGACAACCAGGAUGUUAGGUUGACAUUUGACCUUCUAAACACCUAAAAUCUGUCGAUUUCUGCAUGUUGCGUUUACAUCAAGCAUUGAGAAAGUAUUUUAAAUGUGUAUAUGAAUAGUUUUGUGUGUUUUCCAGCUGUUUCGCCUUUGUUCUAGUCUGUUUUGUAAGAAGCGUUACGUUCUCCUGGAAGCUGUCGGCUUUGAAAAGCCUCUGAGGCUGAUGUUGCCUUCUAAAGGUGGUUCUUCUCCUCCAUCUUUUUAAUUUAUCUUGUGCCUUACGAAACACGUGACCCGGAAAUAAUAAUGUAUGUAUACGUGUUGGGAAAGAGGCAGCCGGAUGCUACAUGUGUCUCAAUGUCUCUUUGAUGUCUUUCAAACUAAAUAAAGAGCUUUAAGCUGACAGAAGCAGCACAAGGCUGGUA